UGUGUAAAUCUAUUAAACAAGCACUGAGCUAGCAGACAACAAAAACUAAUUGCGGUUUGAACACUGGUCUACUAACAGCUAAAUGGCAGAAGCGUGUUCUGCAGCGAAAGAACCAAGGGUCCAUCAACUUCAGUCAGGAGAGGAAUACCAAGAAGACAUAUUUAGAGAAUGGCGAAGAUCAAUUGUUCGGAGAUUUUAUAGGACAAGAAAUCUUCUCAAGAAUGGAACUUGGCCAGCCUCUAUAUGGAAUCUUGGUUUCAUGGUACUUUGUCUGUCUGUGUGCAUGCUUGGUGACUGGGAAUUAGUCAGACCUAUCAAUGCUAGGCUACUUAUACUACCUGCUUAUUUAUUUAUUCCCCAAGGAUGUCCAUUUAUUCUGAAAUCCAUCAUAGUUUCUGCAGUUGUUGGUUUUGUGUUUUUCCUUGUCCUCCUGUAUGUGAGGCGGUUCAUGUUAAGAGGACUACUCGCCUACAGAGGCUGGAUGUAUGAACAACCUAAGACCCAAUCAUACAGUACUAUACUAUGGGGAGUUAUGGUUAAAGUCGUUAGUGGUUAUAGUCCCAGCUUAUACAGCUGCCAACGAAGUCUACCCAGGAUGCCAGUCCCAACAGUUCAGGAAACACUUAGUAGACUGCUAAAAUCUCUCCGCCCAUUGUAUGACGAAGAUUCCAAAGAAUGGAAGAGUAUAUGUAAAAAUGCUGAAGAGUUUGAGAAGAGUCUGGCACAUAAAUUACAGAGAGUUUUGAUGCUUAAGUCAUGGUGGUCACAAAACUAUGUCACAGACUGGUGGGAAAAGUAUGUUUAUUUAAUGGGAAGAAGUGCACUGCCAAUUAACAGUAAUUACUAUAUAAUGGACCAGAGCUAUUUUAUGCCUACUACAUUCCAAACUGCAAGAACAGCCAAUGCUGCCCAUCAGUAUCUGAAGUUUAAACAGCUUAUAGACAGAGAGAAGUUAGAACCUCUGCUGAUACGAAGGACCAUCCCAGUCUGCAUGGCCCAGUACGAGAGAGUUUUCUCUACAACAAGAAUACCAGGUGAAGACAAUGACACUUUAUACCAUGUAGAUUCAGCUUUAUCUAAACAUUUAGUAGUUUAUAGGAAAGGACACAUGUAUAAAAUAGAUGUAUAUGACAGUCAAGGGAAAAUAUUAGAAGCUGCAAAUAUAGAAAAACUUCUACAAUGGAUUAUAGAUGAUGCUGAUUCACAAUUAGAUAGUAUAUCAGACUCUGAGAAAUCUAUACCAGCCUUAACAGGAAUAGAACGUCCAACAUGGGCGAAAGUCAGGGCUGACCAGUUCUCCACAGGUGUAAAUAAAGACUCAUUAGAUAUUGUUGAGUCAGCUAUAUUCUGUAUAACUCUUCACCAUGAAAACAGAGAUGAUUUUUCUAGCCGUGCCAAGUUUUUAAUGUGUGGUGACGGAAAGUCUAUCUGGUUUGACAAGUCUCUGAACCUGAUCACCUUCCCUAACGGUAGAAUGGGACUCAAUUGUGAACAUUCCUAUGCUGAUGCUCCAGUGCUGGCACAUCUAGCUGAGUACAACAUGACUGAAGAGUCACUGCAUCUUUGUGGUUUCGAUGAGAAGGGACAUUUUGUAGAGAGUGAUUCACAGCAAUCGUUUGUUAAGCCACAGAAACUUGUCUGGGAGAUGACCAAUGACUUGGCUACUGCCAUAAAAUCUGCUCAGUUAACUGUUACUCAGAAUAUAAAUGAUAUAGAUCUCAUUGUUAAGGAAUUCAACCUUUAUGGCAAAGGAUUUAUGAAAUCAUGCAAGAUCAGUCCUGAUGCCUACAUACAGAUGGCUCUUCAAUUGACCUAUUAUAGGAAUGCUGGGAAAUUUGCUCUGACAUAUGAAUCAUCCAUGACUAGAUUGUACUUACUGGGGAGGACUGACACAGUUAGAUCUGUCACAUCAGAAUCUACUGAAUUUGUCAGGGCAUACUUUGACAAAGAGAAAUCCUCUCAGGAGAAGAUAACUCUAUUGAAACGUGCCUGUGAGAUCCAUCAGACUCAGUACCGUGAUGCUAUGAAUGGAAAAGCUAUCGAUCGCCAUCUCUUUGCCUUAUAUGUUGUCAGUAAAGGAAUGGGAUAUGAAUGUGAUUUUCUGAAGCAUGCCCUGACCAUACCAUGGACUCUGUCUACCAGCCAACAGCCACAACAACAGAUAGCCACCAGUCCUGACUGUAAUAAUAUAGAAUUUCAAGAUGUUCUGUGCCCUGGAGGUGGUUUUGGUCCCGUGUCAGAUGAUGGCUAUGGUGUGUCGUACAUGAUUCCAGGGGACAGGAAGUUAUUCUUCCACGUCUCGUCCAAGACAUCAACAAAAGGAACAAAUUCCAGUCUGUUUAUGGAUCAGUUAUUCGAUACUUUCAAAGAAAUGAAGGAAUUACUGGAAUCUCAGAAAUAAUCAGGUCAAAGAAGGUCUGGAACCAUUGGUUUUAUGACAAUUUUAUGAUGAUUUUAUUUGGGAUUCAUUUGUUUUUUCCAUGUUUUAUUGAUUGUUAUUCCUUUAGAAGAAACUGAAGAUUUUAUGAUAAUUUUACUAUUAUUUGGGGUCAUUUUAACCCAUGUUUAUGAAUUGUAAUGCAAUAAGAAGUUAGAUGGAGACAGGCUUUAAGCCAUUCAUUGAGUGAUAAUUUUAUAGUUUAUGUUUUAUGUGAACCAAACGUUUGAUGCAGGUGAGAGAAAUUGUUAAUCUAUAAGAUGAAAAUAUAUUGUAAAUAAAAUUUUAUCCUUGUGUGAUUAUUUUCUAAUAUUAUGAUGUGUUUUUUUUAUUUCAUUCGUGCAAAAUGUUUUAAAGCUUGAUUUUCCCAUUUUAUUUUAUUUUUAAAGAUACAUGAUGCUAACAUUUAUUGUUUCAUUUUUGUUUCUAUUUUGGAUUUUUGAAAUAAAACUUUUUAAUUUUUUUUCAGGCAAUGUCAUACACACAUUUUAAUUGUUGAUUAAUAAAAUAUUAAGUCUUAAAAAUAAUAGAGCAAAUCUGUAUAUAUGUCUUUUUACUUUUAAAUUACUUGUUAAAAAUUUUUGAAAUAUUUUUUUAGGGUUCCAUAAAAAAAACAUUCAUCGUCCCAUGGAAGGCACUUUUAUUUUUUAUUUAUAGGGUAACCCCCUAUAGAAGCAAUUUUAGAAUAUCACUUACAUUUUCAAUUUACAAAAAAGUAUUUGACGAUCACAACUUGUUGAGAUGACAAAGUGCCUUCCCUGGGUCCUGCUGAUGUUUUAAUGGAACAGCCCUUACAGCUAAUUUCCUAAUGCAUGUAAAGCAAACCUUUGGUUUGGUUUGCUUGCUUUGUUUGUAUAAUUGUUUAUACAAGCUUUGUAAAUAAGAUUGACAUCUUCAAACAAUAAAUAUAGGCAUAGUUUAACCUGUAUAUAUAAUAUUUGAAUUUAAUUGGUUGUUAUCCUAAUGAUUGUACAAUAUAAAAACAAAACAAGCAAGCUAACUAAAGUCUAUGUCCUACAUGCUUUAUGAAAAUAGCUGUAAAUCAAACAUGUAUGUAUGUACACUAAAAGAUGGAUUAAACGCCCAGUGAAAGCAAUUUAGCUUAUUAUAUGUUGAUAUUUAAUUUUACAUACUGUAUGUUAUCUUUGUAAUUUUGCAGACAACAGUUCCAUGUUAAGUUUUUCAGACUUAUAAAACGUUUUGGCAAAACUCAGGUUUUCAAAAGCAAGAUCAAUAGCAAAUUUUGAAUAGAAUCUCAAGUACUUAUCUUAAUGAUAAUUAUAAAUUUAGAUAUUAUGUAUGUGUGCAGUUUGAAUAAAAUCCAUAAACAUUCCCUGAAUGAACAUAUACUGUGAGAGUUGAA